AUGGACUUCCGACACGUCACGCCUCCCUCCGAGGUCGAGGACUUCGAUUUUUCGCUGGAGCGAUGCCCCGGAGGUAGCGCCAGCACGAACUCAUCAUACCUUGGUCAAGGUUGGUCGCCAGAAACGGUCAUGACCAACGAUACCACACCACCGAGAUCACCCUACAGAAUUCGUGAAAGUGGUUCUCGACUCCUGCCGAAGCCUCGUGCCCAGGACCAAUACAUGGAGCCCGCUGCUCUACCCGCUUUAAAUGGCCACUGUCGGACAGCCUCGCUUCCAGGCAACGCAUUUUCGAUGCAGUUUGGACCAGUGAUCGACGCGCAGCAAAUUGUCCGUCGAUCAAUCAGCCCUCAUCAACGUGGUCGAAUUGUAUCUGCACCGACGCGUGCGCCAUCUUCGUACGAUCACUUCCGGAUGGACUCUUCCUCUCUACGACCAUCGAUCGGCAAUUUGAGGUCGGUCUCAGCGUCGAAUGUUCCCACACACACCCGCAAUAGCUCGUCCUCCAACAUCGACAUGUCCAUGCUGAGCCGUUACGGAUACCCAACAUACCGGCAAAGUCCUACACCACAGCCCGUGGGCCGGAGCAUUUCCCAUUCUCGAACUCCUAGUGCGUUGAACCACCUUGCUCCGAUACCCUUGCCAGAUGGGCAUGUGCAAUCGUAUCCAGUCAAUCGUCGUACUGCCAGUCCUCCCGCAGUUCCUUCACGUCUUUCUGUUGAAGUUGAAACACCUAGCGAGGCUCAAUACUCCAACCCAGCCGACCUUGCUACCACUACUGUUCUGGACUACCUCACAGCACCCAACCCUACUCCGUCUUUGAUCCAGCGCAUCAACGACACCUCCAAGCUCCAGAAUAGCCAUUUCUGGUUCGAUAUUCGCAACCUCCGUUCCUGGACCGACUUCAACAUCAACACAAUAUCCACGAUCCCAGGUUUACUUGACCUCUUACAAGUCGACGUCUCUGCUUCUUCCCUCCCGGUCCCAUCGAAAGUCAAUACCUCUCCCGAAACACCUGCCCAGCUUGCCGAGAUUUGCGCGAGCCACCACGCUGUUAAGGUCAACGCCGCUCUUAAGCUCGCUCAGGGCGACAAGCACAUUGCGAUGCGCACCCUGCGAUCUCAGCCUGGUGCCCGUCAACAACCCGAAUUCGUGGCGAAUUACCAAUCCGAUGGAGAAAAGACCAUCUACGGCGACGGUCGUGGCAGAGUGGUUGGCAUCGUCAAAUCCUACGACCAGUGGAACUCUGGCUACCGACACGGUUCGCCCAUCGACAAGGUCAAGUACCUCGAACACCUCGCCCAUCUCCACCGCUUCAUGCGCGAGCACGGUACACGGUAUGGAUUCCUGAUGACGGAAAUCGAGCUCGUUUGUGUGCGCAUGGGAGGUCCUCCAACAGAAGACAACGUGCCUCUCUUCGGCUUCCUCGAAGUCUCCACUCCGAUCCAGAUCUCAGCGCAUGGGACAGGCGAGGGCGAGCAGCCAAAGAUGACUGCCGGGCUAGCGCUAUGGUACCUGCAUAUGCUGGCGAAGGAGCAGCCAUUCCCGGGUCAAUUCCAUUGGCGGGCGGAUGUGGGUGGACCCACGGCGGGUACGAGGAAGUUCCACUUGGAGAGGGAUGAGUGGAUGCCCAAGGUCAAUUUGAGUGACAAGAGGGGUUCGAAGAGAGUCAGGGGUUGGACGUGGCCGAAUGAGCCGGUGCAUAAGAGGGAGUGUGGAAGGGGUAGAAAGGGAAAGGUAUGA